UAGUUACCUCUUGCUGUUUCUUACUACAUCAGUUCAUCUUUUUAGGAGUAACAAUAUGUUUUUCUUCACUACUUGGUUAUGAUCUGAUACUUGGGUUUUUUUCUUCUCUGCAUCAUCAUCUCCUUCAAAUGAUCCAUUUUGGGGGGUGUUUUGAUUUAGUAUAUUUGUUAUCUUUGAAAAGUUUGAGCUUCUAAAGGGAUUAUAUUCACUUGGCUUUCUCUUACUACUUUUUCAGUCAAAAUUUAGUAGCUUAGCUUUAAAGUAGUAACUAGGUAUAACAAGUACCGGAUGACAGUUUCUUCUCUCAUUAAGUCACCCUGAAAAAAACUUGGUAAAGGGCUCGCACUUGUCUUUCUUUCUGCCAGUUUCAACAUUCCUUCGGUUUCCUACUUGAGCUACUACUGCUCUUUAACUAUUCGUCCACCACAAGUAUUUGUUUGGUUUUAUAGAUUUCAAUUUCAAUGGCACCCACCAGCAGAAGAGGCAAAACAACAAGAAAAGCGAGCAAGCCAAGAAGAGGUCAUUACAAGAGGAAGCUGGUAAAGCCCACUAUUCAAAAGGCAUCAGUGUUGGAGGAAUUGCCUUCCAACUCUUCCACCAUAACUUCAGAUAAUCUUUCCAAGAUGGAGGGCUCUACUACUACUGCAAGCCCAUGCUCUACACCCAAAGCUCAAAGGUUUCGAAUACCGGAGAUGGAUACAUGCCCUCCAGCACCAAAGAAGCAAAGGGUUCUCUCCAAUUGCUCAUUGCAAAGAACACCUGUUGCUUUCUUUUCUCCUCCAGAUUUAGAUCUCUUUUUCUUCUUUGCACUUAGGGAUAUCUCAGUGUGAUCAUGAUAAGUGCUAGCUUUUGCAUAAAUAUAUAUAUAUAUAUAUAUAUAAAGACCAUUCGAUAGUUUAAGAUUAGGUGUUCUUCCAUUUCAUCUUCUUCUUUGUUUAGUUUGAUAUCAUUGAGUAUAGUUUAAGAACAUCAGACCUUUUAUGAGUGAUUUAGGAAGAGGAAGAAGCAGCAAAAGUAGGUAGCUUGCUUACUUUUUUUAGGGGAAAAUUUUGUUGGGUUUUCAAAUUUGUAGGGUAUGCUAAUCACCAAGUUUAGCUGGGGCUCUCCGACUCAAUUUAGCUUUAAUUCCUUUUUCUUUUUCAAAUGUAUUGCUGACUUUUGGAAGAAUGCAAUAUUGUAAUAUGUGGGUGUAAUUUGAAGUUUGUUAAGUGUGAUAUUGUUUGUUAAGUCAACUUUAGAAAGUGAAAGAAGAGAUAGAUGCUGAUUGCACCAGUGUGUAAAUCCUUCAUUAUCUUACUAUUUGGUUGAUUAGAUUUUUGUGGCUAUCUUAUAAAUUCAUAGUGAAUAUCAAUGAACAUAUUUUUUUGAGUCG